ACAACAAUGGCAGACGUUGAUGCUAACGUUACUCAACCUGCUCAGGUUGAAAUUUCUAAAACUAGCAGUGUACCUGCUGAUGGCUAUGAGAAGAAAUGCAUCUUCUGCAAGAUUGUAAACAACGAAAUGGGCACAGAGCUUCUUCUCAAUGAUGAGGAAAUCUCAUGUUUCAGAGACAUUAAACCUGGAGCCCCGCACCAUUACCUGGUCGUUCCAUCCAAACAUGUUGGAAACUGUAAAUCGCUCAGCAAAGAACAUGUACCUUUGAUACAGCGCAUGGUGGAAACUGGGAAGGAGAUCCUCCAGAAAAACAACGUAACAGACCUCAGUGAUGUCAGGUUUGGUUUUCAUUGGCCUCCAUUUUGUUCUGUCACACACCUCCACCUUCACGUCCUGGCACCUGCCAGUCAAAUGGGCUUUAUGUCCCGCCUCUUCUACAGGGUCAACUCUUAUUGGUUUAUUACGGCUGACCAGCUGAUCGAGCUUCUGAACUCUAAAGGAGAGACCAACUGACCACCUGCUUUGGAUUCAGUUUUUUUAAAGUACCUUGCUGUUUUGAAGGGACAAAAACAUUCAACAAGCAAAUGCCAGACUGGACUACACUCACUGAGCUGCUGUCUGUUUUGUUGCAGCUGAUGACAGAAUUUUCAACAGGUGACGUAUUUUUAACAUGACAUGAAUACUCAGGUUUUAAGUGGCAAAAUGAAAGUUUGAACAAUGCCAUUUUCCCACUCCAUCUAACUAGAUAUGUCAAACAAAUUAAUGAGUUAAUGAGUUUAUAAAAAAGGAAAUGUAAUCUCUCUCCAUUUAUCCCCUCUGGAAUAUGUGCAUGAACAUAAUGGACCAAGUACAAAAGCAAAUGUGUUUCAGAUAUAGGAAAAAUGUUGCAGUUGAUUUGGUAAAAUUGAAAGGACUAAAGAUGUGUUGAAAUGACUUGCAUUAUUUGUUCAUUGCCAGACACACCAAAAUAAUCAAUAUACUAGCUGAUUUGUUGACAUGAAGAUUUCCCAUAAUGCUUUUCAGCUCUGAAUGUAUGCAUGUGCUAAUUAAACAGCUACAAAAGGCCAGUUUAUAUAACUCAUAUAAAUGAUUUAUCAAUAGGCUGUAUACACUGAAUCACUCUAGCUAAAUGGUCAGUCUCUUUACUGAAGGGCAUUCUGUGUGGUAGCUGACAUCUGUAAAAGCGCAGACUGACAUCAUCAUUUAUUAUUAAUAUCUCUGUCCAUGGAAGCAGUAACGUCAUCUGUAAUUUAUAGUAUACUCUGAUUUUUAAUUAGCACUGAAAUAUAGUGGGAUAUGGGUUGAUAGAUGCUAAUUUGCAUUUAAUUUUAUAUUCUGUGGAAUUCUGUUCAGAUGAAUAAUAUGAACUGACUGCUAAAUGUGUGGAUUGAAUAUUUAUGUGAUGCUAGAUAUUGUAUAUAAAGUAUUCUAAAAGAAAAUCAUUCUGUAUGUACUGUAAGAAAGUGUAUGCACUUUAUAAAUCAGUUAAGUUCAGAAUAAAUUAUGUAUUGCUGCUU